AUGGAAAACUUAGAGUGUUUAUAAAAUUUUAUAAAUACAGAAGUUCCUCAUGAAGAUAUGACAAAGGAACAGAUAGAAAAAUUUUCGUAGAAUCUAAAAAUAAAUAUGUAAUACAAAGAUGAGCCUCGAAGCAAUAUUGCCAACAAAGAUGGAGGAAAGGAGUGCACAAAUCAAAAAAUGGUUAGUACUAUUCGUUCAGUAGGAAAGCAUGUAUUAUCUGAAAUAGGAAAAAAAUUACUUUCUGGUGAUUUAAAUUUAACUCGUGUAUCCUUCCCAAUAAAGUGUUCAGUAGCCUAAUCAGCACUUGAAAGAGCAGGGCGUGGUACUUGCUUUUUCCCAAUUUAUUUUUCUAAGGCUGCGCAAUCAAACUCACCUAUUGAGCGCAUGAAAUUAGUUAUUACUGCAACAAUUGCUAAUUUCUACGUAAAUUGCACUUUUUUGAAGCCUUUAAAUCCAAUUUUAGGUGAAACAUUCUAAGGUUGUUACUAGGAUGGCACAGAAGUAUAUUGUGAAUAAAUUAGCCAUCAUCCACCAAUUACUUCUUUUUAUUGCGUAGGUCCUGAAAAGGGGUAUGUUUGCUAUGGCCAUUAUGUUUAUGAAACAAAAGCAGGAAUGAAUUCUCUUACUCUCAAAAAUACUGGCUCUCGUACAGUAGUAUUCAAAGACGGAUAAAAAAUAACUUAUAAUUUUGGUGAAGAAAACUAUUCAGGAACAUUUAUAGGUACAUUAAAAUUGGAGUCAAAAGGAACUCUAACUUUUGUUGACUAAAAGAAUGGUUUAGUAGGAACAGUAGUUGUUGGCAAAGUUAAAAAGAAACCAACUGACUAUUUGGAAGGAUAAAUUACUUAAAACGGCUAGAUUGUAUCUCAAAUAUCUGGUUCUUACAUGGGAUAUAUUUAAAUUGAUAAUGAGCGUUAUUGGGAUUAUAGAGUUGCCCUCCCACUAAAGCUUCAUCACUAAAAAAAUCUUUUAAAAAGCGAUAGCUCAAACCGUUCAGAUUUAUAAUUACUUAGCAUGAUGGCACUUAUGCCAGCUUAAAAAGCAAAAGAAGAAAUGGAAUAAGUUUAAAGAUAAGAUGCUGCUCUAAGAAAAUAAUUUAAAACGAAUAAAAAAUGA